AUGUUCCAGAGCCAGAGCUUGCCGUGGCGGGCAGCCCUUCGCCAGGCUUCGCGCUCAAAUGCUAGGAAUAUCACUACCAGAGCAUCAUCGCGACAUCUCCCUGCCCAAUGCACAGCAUCGCUGGUCGCGAGACAACACGCACGAUGCUCCUCGCCGCCCGCGGCACUCUUCGCAUACCGCAGCUUCUCCACAUCUUUGAGUAGACGAAAGGAAGACGAUUCGAAGGCGCCACCGGAGCCGCUAGAGGAAACGAAGGAGGAAGAAACAGAAGAGUCCAAGAAGCUGAAGGAGCAGCAAAGAGCAGAAGAGCUCGAGGGCAAGAGUGAUGCGCCUGAGCCAAUACCCCCACGAGCGAGUUCUGGACGAGGCAGCGCAGCAGGAGGAAGUGGUUCGGGCGGUGAUGGCGGUGGCAAGAAACGGAAGGGCAACGACAGAGCGCUCGUCAAGCCCUCGAUACCCGAUGUCUACCCUCAAGUCAUGGCAAUACCGCUCGUCAAGCGCCCUCUAUUCCCCGGAUUUUAUAAGGCUAUCACCAUCAGAGAUAGGGAGGUUGGACAAGCGAUUGCGGACAUGGUCAAGCGAGGACAGCCUUACAUUGGUGCCUUUAUGUUCAAGGACGAUACUGCCGACAAGGAUGUCAUUCAUGAUCCCAGCGAGGUAUACGACGUGGGAACCUUUUGCCAAGUCACGAGCGCAUUCCCUGUAGGCGGCGAUGACAACUUUGCCAUGACAUGCGUCCUCUACCCACACCGCCGCAUCAAGAUGACUGGGCUCAAGUCGCCACCACAAGCCAAGGAGGAGUCAUCGGUGGCUGAAAGCACUCUGGAAGAGAAUGUGGAUACCCCAGAGCCUGAGGCAGCUGCCCCGCAGAACAAGGGAGAUGUUGUUGCUAGCUUUGAGGAGGCAACAGAGGAGGCCAAGGCAGCUCAGGGAGCGUUGGUACCCACCAUCCUCAAGGGUCGCAACGUCAGCAUUGCCGAUGUUGAGAACAUGGUUGAGGAGCCAUUCGAUUUGAAGACCAACAAGACAAUCCAGGUUUUGGUCAACGAGAUUGUCAACACAUUCAAGGGCGUCGCACUGCUCAACCCGCUGUUCCGCGAUCAUGUGUCGACCUUCUCCGUUCAUACUACCAUGAACGUUGGCGAAGAUCCCGUCAAGCUUGCUGACUUCGCAGCUGCAGUUGCACAGGCUGAGUCACACGAACUCCAGGACGCGCUUGAAGAGAUGGAUAUCGAGAAGCGUCUUAGCAAGGCGUUGGAAGUACUCAAGAAGGAACUCAUCAGCGCUGAAUUGCAAAAGAAGGUUGCCGACGAUGUCAAUGCCAGGGUCACAAAGAAGCACCGCGAGUACAUGUUGAUGGAGCAGAUGAAAGGCAUCAAGCGAGAGCUUGGUAUCGAAUCGGAUGGCAAGGACAAGUUGAUUGAGAAAUUCAACGAGAAGGCCAACAAGCUUGCCAUGCCUGAAGCCGUGCGCAAGGUCUUCGAAGAGGAGAUGAGCAAGCUGCAGGGUCUGGAGCCAAACGGAUCAGAGUUCAACGUCACCCGCAACUACCUCGACUGGCUCACACAGCUACCCUGGGGUCUGCGUAGCGCGGAGAACUUCGGUAUCCAGCAUGCGCGAGAAGUCUUGGACGAGGAUCACCACGGUCUGAAGGACGUCAAGGACCGCAUUCUAGAGUUCAUCGCCGUCGGAAAACUGCGCGGCACAGUUGAAGGAAAGAUCCUUUGUUUGGUUGGUCCACCAGGUGUGGGUAAGACGUCGAUCGGAAAGUCCAUUGCUCGUGCUCUGAACCGCCAGUACUACCGCUUCAGUGUCGGUGGUAUGUACGACGUAGCAGAGAUCAAGGGUCACCGGAGGACGUACGUUGGUGCGCUACCCGGACGUAUCAUCCAAGCUCUCAAGAAAUGUCAAACUGAGAACCCGCUGGUGUUGAUCGAUGAAGUCGACAAGAUCGGACGCAAUAGCAACCACGGUGACCCAGCAUCAGCUCUGCUCGAGCUGCUCGACCCAGAGCAGAACAACAGUUUCUUGGACCAUUACCUCGAUGUACCUGUCGAUCUGUCAAAGGUUCUGUUCGUAUGCACAGCAAACAUGGAUGAGACGAUCCCGCAGCCACUACUCGACCGUAUGGAGGUGAUCCGACUAUCCGGCUAUGUUUCAGACGAGAAGAUUGCAAUUGCUGAGAAGUACCUGUCACCCGCAGCGAAGGAGAUGAGCGGACUGAAGGACGCUGAUGUCGUUCUCGAGAACGACGCGAUUGUUGAACUCAUCAACAAGUACUGUCGCGAGUCUGGUGUCCGAAACCUUAAGAAGCAUAUCGAAAAGGUAUACCGCAAGUCAGCGCUGAAGAUUGUCACCGAUGUAGGCGAAGACGCACUCCCAGAAGCUGCAGCGCUUACUGAAGAGGGCAAGGCUGCGCAAAAGGAAUCGGAGAAGGACAAGAGCGAUCUCAAAGAAACUCCAGAGAACAUCGAAGAACAGACAACGGAGAAGCCGCGCGUCGCGCUCAAGAUUCCAGACUCUGUUCACGUUUCCAUCACCAAGGACAAUCUGAAGGACUACGUCGGACCAGCUAUCUUCACUUCAGAUCGCCUCUACGACUUCACGCCACCUGGUGUUGCUAUGGGUCUAGCGUGGACAUCAAUGGGUGGCUCAGCCCUUUACAUCGAGUCUAUCCUUCAGAACGCACUCUCAGCAUCAUCAACACCUGGUCUUGAGCGCAGUGGAUCUCUUCGAGACGUCAUGAAGGAGUCGACGAGCGUAGCGUACUCGUUCGCCAAGAGCAUUCUUGCCCGCGAAUUCCCCAAGAACAAAUUCUUCGAGCACGCCAGAAUACAUCUCCACUGCCCCGAAGGCGGUACACCAAAGGACGGACCAAGCGCCGGUAUCACCAUGGCGACCAGCAUGCUCAGUUUGGCACUUGAUAAGAAGAUCAGGGACGAUGUCGCCAUGACUGGUGAGCUGACUCUUACUGGUAAGGUGCUGAGAAUUGGUGGAUUACGCGAAAAGACUGUUGCUGCACGGAGAGCAGGCGCAAAGACGGUCAUCUUCCCACACGACAACAUGAGCGACUGGCUCGAGCUGCCCGAGAACAUCAAAGAAGGCAUAGAAGGUCGUCCUGUGCAAUGGUACAAGGAAGUCUUCGACAUUGUCUUCCCAGACCUCGACAAAGACGCCGCAAACAAGAUGUGGGAGAAGGAACUUAAGUCUAAGAAGGGCGACCGCAAGAAGCGUGAGCAGAAGAAGAAGGAAGAGGAAGAGGAAGAGGAAGAGUCUGGUGAGGACGACGACUGA